UGUCCACAAUCACGGUCGCCUCGCCGCCGCGCUCCAUUUUAAAACACUUAAAUCCAUUAACAAAACUCGGUCGUGGAAAGCCGUAACCGGCGCGUCAUCCGGUUAUCGCGGCGUAUCUAUACCUCUAUAUCGUCUCCGUCGGUCCGCGGGCUGAGACCGCGUAACAGUGGAAUGGAAGAUUCGAAGUUUUGGCGUGAUUAGGAUAAAUAGUGUUGCGCGUGGCGAGGCGAAACGGCGCGCUCAGUGCGGCGGGAGUCGCGCCGGCGACGUGCGCGGUGACGGCGCAUCGGCACAUCCGACAUGAUGACCAUGGAUGUGGGCCUAUACGGCGAGCAGCAGGGCUGCGGCGAGUACUACCCGCCGCCCUGCCAGUACGACUGCCACGAGGGCUACUACGACCAGCAGCAGUACUACGAGCCCGCACCGCCGGCGCCACUAGACACUCCGCCCGUCAUCAGCACAGACGCCGGACUCUGUUACACCAACCUGGACUAUGGCGAGCUGCAGCACGCGUAUCCCGCGCCGCCUCUCGCCCCGCACGCGCCCCUCACGCCCCACACGCCGCACACGCCCCACACGCCCCACAUGCCCCUCGUGCACAGGGAUGAGCACAAACUGGACGGGCACUACCUGGAGACGAAGUACAACAUGCACUUCGUGGAGGAAGGCGUACAGUACGGUGCGCACUCGGCACACGGCUCACCGCUGCCCUGCGGGGACUUCGACCCCUACCAGCCCAAGGACGAAUUCCUAGGGCUGCGUGAGGGCUUCCCACGCGAUGCCGAGCUGCACGCGCUGGGCCCGCACGCGCACGCGCCGCACGCGCAGCACGCUCAGCACGCGCCGCACGCCGCGCACGCUGUGCCCACCUACAAGUGGAUGCAGGUCAAGAGGAACGUACCCAAACCAACUGCUCCAAAGUUGAUGAUUCCACCGGCGGAGUUCACGAGUCAAGGCGUGUUGGGCAGUCCGCAAGACGGCAUGAGGACUCCCACCGGCGGACAGAUGCUGGCCAACCCCCUACUCAGCCUCAACAACACCGGCCGCACCAACUUCACCAACAAACAACUGACAGAACUCGAAAAAGAGUUCCACUUCAAUAAAUACCUCACAAGAGCAAGAAGGAUAGAAAUAGCGUCCGCCUUGCAGCUGAACGAAACCCAAGUCAAGAUAUGGUUUCAGAAUAGACGGAUGAAACAGAAGAAGAGAAUCAAAGAGGGGCUGAUCGUGGCCCCCGAGGCCGGCCCCGCGCCCGCGCAGACCCCCGCACAUAACCCCCUCGGCUCCAGCGAAAACAGCCGAGAAUCCAGUUAAAGUUAAAUUUAAACUUAGUCAUAAAUAAUUUAAAGACUCUUGAUACAAAUAACAAAUAGUGGACUUCCUUCUUUCACUUCCUUUCGAUGGUUUGAAGUGAAAUUAAAUACUGAGGGUCUAUCACGAAUAAGCUACAGUUGCGAGUACGUAUUCGUAACGUCGAUAAGUAUAUUUGUUAGUGUAGUUUACAUCCGGUAGGGGCGCACAAAUUUAAUACUGUCGAUGACGUUACGUACAUUCUCACAAAUUCGUGAUAGGCCUCUGAGUAAGGAAUGCAAACUUCAACACAGAUUUCAAAAUGUGUCAAAGUAAUUUGUAUAUAAUUGAUUGAUAUAAUUAUUUAUAGCUCAAAUAAUGAUAAGUAAUCCAAAUAAUUUGUUUUAUAAGCAAACUGGUAACGAGGUUACUUAAGCGUUACAUUGCAGCUACAAAUUAAGUUACAUUAAAAAGUGUUGCCUCACAUAAGUAAAGAAUUAAUUGGCUUUUAAUGAAAAAUUGAAAGAUUUUUCUUUUUAACGCCGCAUUAAUUCGCCGCGAUACUUAUAAAAAUUAAACGAACGAACAUUCUGACAUGUAAACAUUAUUUUCGCGCCAUUCUCAUAGUUUCAUUAUUUUUCUGGUAAAGAUUAAAAAUAAUCAACAUAUCACAUAUCAAUUUACAACUUUGUAAUGUCAUUCUUAGCAGUUUUUUUCCAUUAUUUUUAAUGCCUAAUGACUAUACUUUAAAGCGAUGAGAUUAUAUAACUAGCUAUACUGUAGGAACUAUAACUACUCGUAUAAUCAAAGCAUGUGAAGCCGUGUGCUGAACGUUACUCGGUGUAGUGUUACAAGGUGUAUCCGUAUUCCUCUUGUUGCUCGCUAGUUUUACUGUAACACUACUUAUUGACGCUGAUGCCAUGUUACAUUAUACCCCGUAACGUCGUCAAACACAGACCUACCUACGUCACUAGACGACUAGACUAGUGCUAUAAUACUUUCGUCUAUAUAAUUUGCUAAUCUAAAAAAAUUCUGUUGUUGGGACAUGUUUAGUUACUAGAUUACUCAGUACUUGACUAAAUUGCUAGAAAGAUAGGCAUUACGGUUUUACUGAUUUUCUUGUAAUUACCUUUAUAAGUUAGGUUCUGUCAACCUUUGACUCUGCCGCAAACUUUAUUUUAUAGUUUGGGUUUCGUUUUGUUUUUUAUUGAAUAAGUUUGCGAUAUUGCUUUUUUUACGUAUUUAAUUUUGUACAAUCUUUUAUUUUGGACCAAAGCUGAUUUUUGUUGUAUUUAUUGUGUGCCCGCGUGUUGUCCAGCAGUGGGCUGGGCGUGGGCACUGGCCACUGUGUACAUAUAGCUGGCGUGGUAAGCGAACGUGUGUACAUUUUUUAUCUUUAGGAAGUUUUACUUAUUCAAUAAAUUAAUUAUCUAUUUUCAA